AUGUCAUCCCUAAGAUCAUGGAUCCAUGUGUUGCGGGAAUUUCAACAAUCUAUUCGUCAUAUAUUAGUGAAAUACGACGAAUGGCUUGAUUUAUGCAUGUGUAAAGCAUUGAGUGAAGCGCUGGAUUUACGUGAUGAUUUGAUUUUAACGGUAUGUCAAAGUUCACUGCAUGAGGUCAAACGACAUGCAAUAGUAAUGAAUGCAUGUGCAAGCUGCAAGCUAAUGCUUUUUUUACUGCAUUGCUCGAUGAAUAAGGAUGAAAGUGAACGAUAUAAUUACUGGACGAAUCAUUCAUUAGCAUUGGAAUCUUUUAUUGUAUCAAAGUCGGACCGGAAAUUUGCCUUAGUUGCAUUGCUGAAUUCGUGGCAAGAAUUACUUGCACCGCAUGUUAAGGUUAUGGAUUUGUCAAUAGCUAAAAAAUACUCUCGAGGCUUGCUACCGAAAAAUAUAAAGUCGGUGAUGGGAAGAUUUUCGGCUACUGGUGAAGAUGAUAUAGCAAUGGAACGAACUAUAGGAUCGAAUAUAUCGCUUUCGAUCUCCAAUCCCAAAACAAAUUCAGCUUCUAGAGGUGGUGUCAGAGCAUGGCUAAAAAUCUCUCGAUGA